UGACUGACACUGACUGAGGGCGUCGGACCAAGUGCAAAUAUGUGCCAAGAUCCAUCACCUAUAAAACAUGGGUGUUCCUUGAUGUGAACUCGCAGUUCCUCCUCAACGUGGGUGUGAUUGCAUUGAUUCGUCUUCAGAGAGAUCAACCAACUUUCUUCCGAAUAUGCCUGGUCACGUGAAACUUGGAAAGUCCGGUGAACCGGAUCCGGAUCCUCUUCCUUACCUGGUCGUGUCCAUGGACAUGAAGCGUGCUGACAUGCUCAAGCCCUACGAUCCCAAGAAGUCCUAUUGGGUUCCCGAUGGCCAAGGUGGAUUCAAGGAUGGUAUCCUUGAGAACGACGACGGAACCAAGGCCACUCUGAUGUUGGGCCAUGAGAAAAAAGUGUUCAAGUCCUCCGAGAUUGGACAAGUCAACCCCCCCAAGUUCGAGCGUUGUGAGGACAUGGCUAACUUGACCUUCUUGAACGACGCAUCCGUGUUCCACAACUUGAAGAUCCGGUACACCGCCAAACUGAUCUACACCUACUCUGGGCUCUUUUGUAUUGUGGUGAACCCCUACAAACGGUUUCCUAUUUACACCCCCACCGUGGUGAAGGUUUACCUUGGAAAGAGGAGGAAUGAGGUCCCACCCCAUCUGUGGGCUAUCACUGAGACCGCCUACCGCAACAUGUUGCAAAACUCCAAGGAUCAGUCCAUGCUGAUCACUGGCGAGUCCGGAGCCGGAAAGACCGAAAACACCAAGAAGGUCAUUUCCUACUUGGCCAUGGUGGCCUCGUCUGGCAAGAAGUCCGCCAAGAAGGUGUCGCUUGAGGACCAAAUUGUGGCCACCAACCCCAUCAUGGAGUCCUAUGGUAAUGCCAAGACCUCCAGGAACGACAACUCGUCCCGUUUCGGAAAGUUCAUCCGUAUCCAUUUCACGGGCUCCGGAAAGUUGGCUGGUUGUGAUAUCGAGUCGUAUCUGUUGGAAAAGUCCCGUAUCACCCAACAACAGGAGGUCGAGCGAUCCUACCAUAUCUUCUACCAACUUCUCCAACCUUUUGUUCCCGACAUGAAGGCCAAGUGCGAGCUAUCCGAUGACAUCUAUGACUACAGCUAUGUGUCACAAGGCAAGACGACGGUGGCAUCCAUUGACGACAAUGAAGAGUUGGAGUAUACCGACAAUGCCUUCGACAUCUUGGGCUUCUCCGAAUCCGAGAAAUGGGAUUGCUUCAAGCUCACCGCCGCUGUCAUGACCAUGGGUGAAAUCAAGUUCAAGCAGAAGGGUCGUGACGACCAAGCUGAGCCUGAUGACCUGACCUUCCCGAAUAAGGUGGCCACCCUGUUUGGUUGUAGUUGCGACGAGUUGAUGAAAAGCUUCUGCAAGCCCAAGAUUAAGGUCGGAACCGAGUGGGUCACCAAGGGUCAAACCUGUGAACAGUCCAUCAAUGCCGUUGGUGGUAUUGCCAGAUCUACUUUCGAUCGGCUCUUCAAGUGGCUGAUCAUCAAGUGUAACGAGACCCUAAUUGAUCCUACCAUGAAGAAGAACCACUUUGUGGCUGUCUUGGAUAUCGCCGGCUUUGAGAUCUUUGAAUACAAUGGAUUCGAACAGAUCUCCAUCAACUUUGUCAAUGAGAAGCUUCAGCAGUUCUUCAACCAUCACAUGUUUGUCGUCGAGCAAGAGGAGUACAUCUCUGAGGGUAUCGAUUGGGCCAUGGUGGACUUUGGUAUGGAUUUGGCAGCUUGCAUCAUCAUGUUUGAAAAACCAAUGGGCAUCUGGGCCAUUCUUGAGGAGGAGUCUCUCUUCCCCAAGGCCACGGACAAGACCUUUGAAGACAAGCUGAAGGCCCAACAUUUGGGCAAAUCUGCUCCAUUUGCUAAGCCUCAUUCCAAGACUGAUAAGAAUGCUCACUUUGCCAUCAUCCAUUAUGCUGGCAUUGUGUCCUACAAUGUCACGGCAUGGCUUGAGAAGAACAAAGAUCCUGUCAAUGAUACCGUGGUCGAUGUCCUGAAGAGAGCUUCCAAUGAGCUUCUGGUUUACUUGUGGAGAGAUCAUCCUGGUCAAUCCAAUCCCCCAGAGGAGACUGGUGGCAAGAAGAAGAAGAAGGGUGGCGGUGCCAAGACCGUGUCUUCGGUGUAUCUGGUCCAAUUGAACGACCUGAUGAACACACUUCACAGCACCGAGCCUCAUUUCAUCCGAUGCAUCGUACCCAACACGCACAAGCAGCCGGGAAUGGUUGAGCCCCCUCUGAUUAUGCACCAGCUCACCUGUAACGGUGUACUUGAAGGAAUUCGUAUCUGUAUGCGAGGAUUCCCGAACCGAAUGCUUUAUCCGGAUUUCAAGAGUCGUUACCAGAUUUUGGGACAAGAGGAAAUCAACAAAGCCAAAGACAACAAAAGCGGCGCUUAUGGUCUUUUGGACAAGGUUGGCUUCUCCAGGGAGAAGUACCGUCUUGGUCACACCAAGGUGUUCUUCCGUGCUGGUGCCUUGGCCCAGCUUGAAGAGGAGCGCGAUACCAUCGUCCUUAAGUUGGUGCGAUGGAUGCAAGGCCAAUGCUAUGGAUUCAUUCGAAGAAAAGACUACAGAAAGAGGGCCGAUCAGCGCGACUUGCUCAAGGUCAUCCAAAGGAACUUCCGAAAGUACAUGCAACUCCGAAACUGGGGCUGGUUCAUCAUCAUUCAGAAGACUCGACCCCUCAUUGGGCAGGUCAACAUCGAGGAAGAGCUCAGACUCCUGGAGGAAAGGGCCAAUGAGGCUUAUGGUGCCUAUCAAGAGCAACUCGAUACCAAAGCCAAAUUGGAGGAGGAGAGCGUAAGGAUCAAGCAAGAGGCCAAGGAUCUUCUCAAGCAGAUCGAGAGUGAGCAAGGCAAUCUCAGCGAGUACACCGAAAGACAGGCCAAGGCCUCUGCCCAGAAGGCCGAUCUAGAGGUUCAACUGCAUGAAGCUGGCAAUCUUUUGGCACAGAUGGAGCAAGAGCGACAGAAUGCCACAUCCGAUAAGAAGCUCUUGGAGCAAGAGAAUCAAGUCAUCAAGAAGGAUAUUGAAGAUUUGGAACUGGCCAUCUUGAAAUUGGAACAAGAGAAGACCAACCGUGAUCACAACAUUCGAUCCUUGAACGACGAGAUUGCCUCUCAAGAUGAGGUGAUCAAUAAGUUGAACAAGGAGAAGAAGCAUUUGUCCGAAAACAAUUCCAAGGCAUCCGACGAUCUUCAGUCAGCCGAGGACAAGGUCAGCCACUUGACAAACAUCAAGACCAAGCUGGAGCAAACCUUGGACGAACUUGAAGACUCCCUCCAACGUGAGAAGAGGUCCCGAGCUGACAUCGAGAAACAGCGAAGGAAGGUCGAAGGUGAUUUGAGAAUUACCCAAGAGAGCGUCGGAGAGCUUGAGCGCAGCAAGAGGGAGUUGGAAAACACCAUUGCCCGCAAAGAGAAGGAGAUCAGCACUUAUGCCGCCAAAUUAGAAGACGAACAAGGUGGCGUGGGCAAGAUCACCAAGAGCAUCAAGGAGACUCAAGCUCGCGUUGAAGAGCUGGAAGAGGAACUUGAGGCUGAGCGACAAGCUCGUGCCAAAGCUGAACGCCAACGUUCUGAUCUUGCACGUGAGUUGGAAGAACUCGGUGAGAGGCUCAAUGAGGCAGGAGGAGCCACUUCUGCUCAAAUCGAGUUGAACAAAAAACGAGAGGCUGAGGUCCAGAAACUGAGGAAGGAUCUUGAGGAAGCUCAUAUCCAACAAGAGGCUACAAUGACCAACCUGAAGCGAAAACAUCAAGAUGCCAUUGCGGAGAUGAGCGAACAAAUUGAACAACUCUCUAAGAUGAAGUCUAAGAUUGAGAAAGACAAGAACCAAAUCUCCCACGAGAUUACUGAUGUUCGAGCUGCCACUGACGAAAUCAACCGUGCCAGGGCCUCUGCCGAGAAAGCCAACAAAAACUUGCAGCAAACCUUGAACGACACCAACAAAAAGGUUGAGGAAGCCAACUUGACUCUGAGCGAUUUCGAAAACUCCAAGAGGAAGCUGGCUGCUGAAAACUCUGAUCUUCUCCGACAAGUCCAGGAAUUGGACAACAACGCCAACAUGCUCCAGAAGAUGAGGAUUCAAUUGGCCAGCCAACUGGAAGAGGCAAGACGCUCGGCUGAUGACGAGGCCAAGGAGAGGCAAUCUCUUUUGGGCAAGUACAAGAACCUCGAGCACGAGUUGGAUGGCAUGCGGUACCAAUUGGAUGAGGAAACUGGCCAUAAGGAUGACGUGGCUCGUCAACUUGCCAAGGCUUCCCAGGAGGCCGACAUGUGGCGGCAGAAGUACGAAAUUGACGGCAUGGCCAAGGCCGAGGAUUUGGAAAUGUCCAAGAUGAAGCUCCAAGCCCGAUUAACCGAAGCUCAGAGCACCAUUGAGAACUUGAACGCCAAGCUUGGUCAAUUGGACAAGGCCAAGAACACCCUUCAAUCCGAGAUUGACGAAAUGGCGGUCCAAACUGACCAAGCUCACAUCUUGAACAACCAGAUGGAGAAGAAGGCCAAACAGUUUGACCGCAUUGUGGCUGAAUGGAAGCACAAGGUGGACGGUCUGUCUAUGGACUUGGACACCUCGAUCAAGGAGUGUAGAAACGCCUCUUCCGAAUUGUUCAGAAUCAAGUCCGCGUACGAGGAAUCCGUUUCUCAAUUGGACGAGGUCCGGAAGGAGAACAAGAAUUUGAGCACAGAGAUCAAGGACAUCAUGGAUCAAAUCAGCGAAGGUGGACGAUCCAUCCAUGAGAUUGACAAGAUUCGCAAACGCCUGGAAGCCGAGAAGAUGGAACUCCAAGCUGCUUUGGAGGAGGCCGAGGGAGCUCUGGAGCAGGAGGAGAACAAGGUUCUUCGCGCUCAACUAGAACUCACCCAAGUUCGUCAAGAGAUUGAGCGUCGCAUCGCUGAGAAGGAGGAAGAGUUCCACAACACCAGGAAGAACUUCCAAAAGGCCAUUGAUGGCAUGCAAUCUGCUCUUGAACAAGAGAGCAAGGGCAAAGCCGAGGCUCAACGGAUGAAGAAGAAAUUGGAGGCCGAUGUUGCCGAGUUGGAGGUGGCUCUUGAACACGCCAACGCUGCUAACAUGGAAUCCCAAAAGACCAUCAAGAAGUACCACGAGCAAAUCCGCCAAGCACAAUCCCGAUUGGAGGAAGAGCAACGUGCCAAGGAGGUGGCUCGCGACCACUUGAUUGCCGCUGAUCGACGUGCCCACGCCAUGCAAAACGCCUUGGAAGAGGCCCGUACUCUCUUGGAGCAAGCUGACCGAGCUCGUCGUCUGGCCGAACAAGAACUGUCCGACACCAACGAACAACUUUCCGAUUUGACCUGUCAAAACCAGGCCAUUGCCGGUGCCAAGAGGAAGCUCGAGUCCGAGAUGCAAACCCUUUCGGGAGAUCUCGAUGAAAUGUCAAGCGAGGCCCGCAUGUCCGAGGAGAAGGCCAAGAAGGCCAUGGUUGACGCUGCCCGUUUGGCCGAUGAGCUCCGUUGCGAGCAAGAACUGGCCCAGGCAUUGGAGCGUGACCGAAAACUGCUCGAUUGCCAGGUCAAGGAGAUGCAGCAACGUCUCGAUGAGGCUGAGAACAACGCUCUCAAGGGAGGCAAGAAGGCCAUGAACAAGAUGGAGACCCGCAUCCGAGAGCUGGAGUCCGAAAUGGAUGCCGAGAACCGACGGCUGGGUGACGCUGGCAAGAACUUGCGCAAAAGCGAGCGCCGAAUCAAGGAGUUGUCUUACGCCGCUGAGGAGGAUCGAAAGAACCACGAGCGGAUGCAGGGCUUGAUUGACCAGCUCCAGGGUAAGAUCCGAUCCUACAAGAAGCAGAUCGAGGAGGCUGAGGAAAUCGCUGCCCUCAACUUGGCCAAGUUCCGUCAAGCCCAAGGCCAAUUGGCUGAAUCCGAGGAGCGUGCUGACCUGAAUGAGCAAGCUUUGGCCAAAUACAAGGCCAAGGAGCGUGCCGCUUCCCUUGCCCCAAUGUAAAGGCUGAACAGGCCUUCCGUCCAAUUCUAGUCUUCAAAGUUGAGCAACAAUGUCCUGAUUUGGAUCAUUUGUAUCAAUUGUCAAUAAAUUUGACAAUGAAGCAUCUUA